GAGACAGGAAGCGUUCUGUGCUUUUGGCGCGGUCUUGAUAGCGGCGUCGGCCAUCUUGGAAUCACAUCACUGUUUCGGGCAACUGUCUGAGACAUUGCAUGACCAUACGACUCAUUGAUUGCCAUCGUAUCGUUAAUUGGAUUGUCGAAAGAACCGUUAUGGCGACUGCUACUCCAAGCCGUGAAGCUGGCCGGUCGGCGGCCUCUACACCUCUCUCCCCGACGCGGAUCUCCCGCUUACAAGAGAAACAGGAUUUGCAGCAUCUGAACGAUAGGCUGGCCGUGUACAUCGACCGGGUCCGGUCCUUGGAACUGGAGAAUGACCGGCUGAUGGUCAAAGUGUCCGAGAAAGAAGAGGUGACUACCAGAGAGGUCACGGGCCUGAAGGCUCUGUAUGAAGCAGAGUUAGCUGAUGCUCGCCGGGUUUUGGAUGAAACUGCUAGAGAGAGAGCCAGGCUCCAGAUAGACCUUGGCAAGGCUCAGUCUGAUCUGGAAGAAGCCACACGCAGUGCCAAGAAGAAGGAUAAUGAUCUUGCUGCAGCGAUGUCCAGGGCCAGUGGUUUGGAAGGCCAGCUGAACAAGAGUGAAGCAGCUCUUUCUACAGCUCUAAGCCAGAAUGCUGCUCUGACUUCUGAGCUGGCUGAUGUCAAGAGCCUGCUGGCUAAGGCAGAGGACAGCCAUGCUGUUGCUAAGCGCCAGCUGGAGGCAGAGACACUGAUGCGUGUAGACUUGGAGAACCGCUGUCAAUCACUGAGUGAGGAGCUGGAGUUCAGGAAGAACAUGUUUGAAGAGGAGGUACGCGAGUCCCGGCGGCGACAGGAGCAGAGAAUAGUGGAGGUGGACUCUGGAGUCAGACAGGACUACGAGUUCAAAUUGGGACAAGCCUUACAGGACCUAAGGAGGCAACAUGAUGAGCAAGUUUCUGUUUAUAAGGAAGAACUGGAGCAAACCUUCCAGGCGAAGUUGGAUAAUGCUAAGGUGUCCUCGGAGAUGAAUGACAAGGCAAUGAGCACAGCUAGGGAGGAGGUGCAUGAGUCCCGCAUGAGAAUAGAGAGCCUUGGAUAUCAGCUGAAUGCCCUGCAGAAACAGGUGGCUGCCUCAGAGGAUCGUAUCAGAGAGCUGGAGGAAAUUCUGUCAGCAGAGCGAGACAAGCACCGCCAUGCCAUUGAAGGGAAAGAACAAGAGAUGAGUGAAAUGAGAGACAGGAUGAACGCUCAGCUCAGUGAAUACCAGGAGCUGCUGGACGUGAAGCUUGCCCUAGAUAUGGAGAUCAAUGCAUACAGAAAACUGCUGGAGGGAGAGGAGCACAGACUGAAGCUGUCCCAUAGCCCAUCGGCUCGAGUCACUGUUUCCAGGAUAACAGGAUCUUCCUCCUCCCGCUCCUCCAAGAGGAAGAGAGUGGAGAUGGAGGCUAAGGAUGUGCCAGACGUGGGAAGAGGAGAGGGCCAGCUGCUGGUGUCGGAAGAGGCCACGGCUAGUGGAGCAGUUACCAUAUCACCCACUGACAUGGAUGGAAACGCUGUCACACUGAUGAAUGACACUGAGCAGGACCAGCCUUUGGGCAACUGGAGGUUGAAGAGACAGGUUGACAACGAGGACGAGGUCAUCUACAAGUUCUCACCAAAGUUUGUCCUCAAGGCUGGACAGUCAGUCACGGUGUGGUCUGCUGAUGCUGGCGUGGCCCACAGUCCACCAUCUGACUUGCUGUGGAAGAGCCAGGCUUCUUGGGGCACAGGAAAUGACUUAGUUACUUCCUUAGUCAACGCUGAUGGCGAGGAGGUGGCCAGAAGGAGUGUAACCAAGACUCAGGUGGAGGUCGAAAACGGAGAAGAGGAGGAGGAAGUGGCACAAACAGGCAAGGUGUCAUCCAGAGAGUGUGCCAUCAUGUGAAGCCUUCCUGAUCUGUUGAUGGCUUUGUCUCCCCCAUUACAAUUUUUUUUUCUAGAUCCUCUCAGAUGUGAUCCUGUCCAUUGCCUCAUCAUUUUGUGUUUUUAUUCUCAAGACAAUGUAAGAACUUUUGGACUAAUGGGCUCUGUUUUUACUGCUCUCCACAUUUCUGGGCCUGCUUUAAUAAGAGUCAUUUCCCUACAAGUUACUAUCAAUGCCAGCAUCUGUGCAUUAUGCAAAGAUAAUGGAUCCAAACUGUCUAACUGUGGUGUUACAACUGAAUAUUCCCCACCCUUACUAACAGUACUGUCAAUAUUUCUUCUCCUGGCUGUCUUUCAUUCUUCCGCAGUAAGCAUUUUGGGUUCAUCCUUCAUGUCCAGCAGAACACAAUGUGUAACAAUUGAGAUCAACUAAACGAACCUGGUAUGUGAGUUGUCAAGAUAAGGACCACCUCUCUAGAGCCAUAAAAAUCUAAAGAAUUCAUGACUUAUGUGCUGAACAAGGGAUGAGCAGCUCUUAAUUGGAUUGGAAAACAAUGGGGCUUUUUUUUUUGUCUCAAAAAAAUCAAGAAAUUUCUGACCCUCGGGUCUUUAAGUGUUUUCCAUCUGUAGCAUUUUUUGCGUGGUUAUCCAGAUACAUUUUGCCCCUCUGCUCAUUUCCUUUUAUUAGUUUUGCUUUGAAAGAUCUGCAUAGAAAUGCAGUUGAAAUUACGGAUUGAUUUGAAAAGCCUGUUGAAAUGAGGCUUUUCUUGUGACUGUGCUGAAACCACAAUUCCCCGAAUCAAAACUUAGUCUGCAGAUCCACUGCUGGUCUGUAGCCAGCCUGGCGAGUGUGUGACUUCAGAGUUUAGACCAUCACAAUUGAAAUCCAAACCUAUGGAACACAUUUUGUCUUUACAUGACCGGCUGUCAGAAUUCCAAUCACAUCCCUGAAGCUGGUCCUCCAUCCCUCUGCUUUGUCUCUGUCCUCCUUUCCUUCCUCUUCCGAGCUUCUUGGAAGAGAGCAGUGAAAAGUGAUUGUUCACCUGAUCUGUCUUUACUUGGCGGAACUGAACAGAACUAAAGAAAAAUACUGAAAACUUGAUGGAAAGGUCCAGAGCCACACGUGAAGUUAGCUUCCAGUUCUGCCUUGAAGCUGUACUUCAGUUAACUGUCGCUAUUACCUGCAAGGACUCCCUGCAGCAGGGCCAGUUCUUGAACAGAAACACUGCCAGUGUAUUUUGAGUAACAACCUUAGGUUUUCCUGAUAGCAGUGAUGUAGAAAAAGUAGAGAAUCGGUUGUCUCUGUGCUGUAGUGGAAGGAAAAUUUGCUGUCAUGUAAAGCUGGCUGCUAACACAGUGACUCCCGCAGGCAGCCCAAUAAAAAUCUUUGAGCGUCAGCUUUAUAAUACGAGCAGUUUUUGCAAACAGCGCAAGCUGCUGGAAGAUCUAUUGUGCUGCCCGGGAGCCUGUGGUUGACAUCUUCCUUGCCCAGUGACAUUAGGGGCAGAGCGGGUAGGUUGGUCGCAGUGACCGCUUAAUAUCCGGUCGUUCUGACAAAUAUAAUGGUAUGAAAACCUCAGAAGUGCACAGUAGAGUCUGAAGACCUGCAAAAAAAUAGAACUUCAAUACAAUCCUCAACAGUGAAGGGGAGUGGUAACCUGUUCCUGAAGCUCAUCAGGCGUCUUUAUUUCCUUUUUUUUGGGUUAAGUGUCUUAACAUGUACACUCCAUUUCAGGCUUCUGUCCUACCUCUUGCCGACUGUGAGUUCAGUCUUCACUGAUGUGUCCACCUCCAGCAAACCCUGACAAGGGUUGGCUCUCCGGCUCGCUAGAAGUUCAGUGUCUUUGAGCUGAGGAGCGGACCAGUGAGAGGAAGGGUGUGCACAAAGAGAAAUAGAACAGAAACUUAUCUUAAUCUGGUAAUCAUGUCAUGUAACGGAGCAGGAGAGUGCAGCCGGGAGUCUCUAACCGGGACAACCAGAGGUGUCCCUGUGACAGCUGCCUCUUAGGAGUAGAUCGACAUGCAUCUCCUGUGGGGAAGGGGUGCUGUGUUAACUCAUGGUCAUGUGUUAAAAUGUUUCUCGGACAUGUCCGAUCUGUUGUAAUAGCAGCCACCGGGUUGAUCAUCAGUUGGGCCGCUGAAAUAAUACGGCCUUGUGACUGGCGUUGUCAAUCAGAAAUAUUAAACUGACAUAAUAUUGCCUCCAUUUUUUUAAAAGUACACACAAGGUAAAGAGUGAAAACAACACUGGUAUGAUACAGCGUCUGAGCUGAUAUUCUGAUGGACAGCGUUAUCUCCGUCUGUUCUCGUGUGUUGUUUUGGACUGCAGUACAUGGUACGAGUGUUGCUCUCACAACUUGUGUGCCAUCUCGGGAAACUCCGUUUUUCUUGUGUGUUUGUAUGCUGUGCUUUAUAUUGCUAGUUAUUCUUCUAUAGAGUUAUUGUCUAUGUAAUCAGUUUAUUUACAUGAAAUACUUCAUUUAUUUUGUGUUUAGGAUUUCUGGGGUGAUUAGGGCUGGGUGUUCAUGGAAGGUUAGAAACUGACUCUUGGGCUCAACUAUAUUUCAGGAUUUUGAUAAAACAAUACUGAACACUACUCCUGUACUGUUCUGCUGUGCGUUUAAAGUCUUCACUGAAUGAUAUGAAAAUGAUUUUAAGAGUUUCAUAUUGGCAGAAGCAAUGACGUGUAAUAAUGGAUUAGUGACCAGCUUUGAACAUCCAAAUGAGAUGAGGUCUGUUGGUGUUAGAUGAACUGUGACUUUUAAUACUGAUCUGAUUUUGAUUGCUCUACCAAACAGAGACGUUGUAAGGCUUUGAUAUAUGGUGGUAAUUCAGUCCCUCCAGGAAUUCUCAAUCUUUCACUUUCAAUUCAACUGAUCCCUGCAAUAUUUCCAAGAGGUUUUUUUGUAUUGUUUUAUUUUAUUUUAUUUUUCACAAAAACUUCUGAAACUAUCAAUAUUUUCAUAUAUGAUUUAAUAUAGAACCUUUUUCACAAGCCAGAGUCAAAGAAUUAAGUUUCAGUCUAAAAAAAAAAAGACGACCUUGGAACUACAUGGAGGAGGUAAUUGUUUUUGGAAGCUUUUGUUGCGUAUUAGUAUGCAUGCUUAUCAGAUUGUUCUUUCAGCAACAACAUUUUGCAGCUGAUUUGCAAAUUUUUAAAUCUAAUUGAAAUGACAGUUUUAACAGCUCAGAUCCUGGAGGGACUUUUAAAUGUCUCAAGUCUGGCUAGUUCUACAAUAUAGAUGUGACUGUGAUAGUUCUGUUGAGAACUUUAAACACUGGGGAUGGGGGAGGGGGCAAAAUGUCAGUUUUCAUUCAUGAUUAACUGUUGUUGACCUACUUUUUGUA